UUCACACGCUGUAAUUUUCAUAAGAUAUUUUGAAGCACUUAAUAAGUAAGAAAAUUAAAAUAUAUCAUUAAGUUUGUUAAAAAAAUAUUUUUAUUCAAAAUGAAGAAAAUAGCAGUCAUUGGGGCAGGAUGCAGUGGUCUGACGGCUAUCAAAUGUUGUUUGGACGAAGGCUUGCAACCAGUUUGCUUUGAGAGAGAUUCUGACAUUGGUGGUCUGUGGAACUAUUCUGAUACUUCCAGAGUGGGCAAAGGAAGUAUAUAUAAGACAUGUGUUAUAAACACGAGUAAAGAGAUGAUGGCAUUCAGUGACUUUCCGCCGCCGAAAAAUUUUCCUAUGUUUAUGCCACACAAGUACGUACUUAAAUAUUUUAGGAUGUAUGCUGACAAGUUUGGACUUCUGAAACAUAUCCAAUUUAACACAUCAGUUUUGCGUGUUGUACAGUCGGACAAAUAUGAAACUGACGGCAGCUGGGAUAUAACAUUCCGUCGGGAAGGUGGAGAAGCGCACACAGAAACCUUCGACGGCGUGCUAAUCUGCACAGGUCACCAUACAUUUCCCUACCAACCAGACUUCUCGGGUCUGAGUCGUUUUACAGGCACGACACUCCACUCACACGGCUACAAAGAAAAUUCUAAAUUUGUCGGCAAGAAGGUCGUCGUCGUCGGAAUAGGGAACUCCGCCGUCGAUAUUGCCGUUGACCUUAGUCAUGUAGCCUCCCAGGUGUACCUGUCCACGCGCCGUGGGGCUUGGGUAAUCAGCAGAAUGGGAUUCUGGGGACUUCCGGCCGAUGCCAUGGCUAAUAACCGCUUCCUGUUCUCUCUUCCACAUUCUGCCCUGGAAUGGAGUGUUGAAAAGAUGGCAAAUUUUAGAUUUGACCACGAAAGCUACGGAUUAAAACCAAUGCAUAGGGCUCUGCAGGCACACCCUACGAUAAAUGACGAGCUACCAUAUCGCAUUAUGACGGGCGCUCUGAGGGUCAAACCAAAUAUCCAUCAUUUUAACGAGAACUCCGUGCAGUUUGACGACGGAUCUGUAGAGGACAUAGACACUGUGAUAUUUGCAACUGGGUACGAAUAUAAAAUUGGCAUUGUUGACGAGUCAGUGACAAAGGUUGAAGGAAACAAAACGUCACUUUACAAAUACAUGUUUCCACCACAAGCACCCCAUCCUACCCUUGCUGUAGUGGGUCUAGUCCAGGCAAUAGGAGCGGUUAUGCCGAUCUCAGAAAUGCAAUGUAGAUGGUUCACUAGAAUAAUGAAAGGUGAGAAUAAUUUACCUUCCGAGAGUGUUAUGAAAGCAGAUAUAGAAGAAAAACGUGUCGAAAUGGCUAGCACGUAUGUGUCGUCUCAAAGACACACUUUACAGUGUUUCUGGAUUCAGUACAUGGACGAAAUUGCUACAGAAAUAGGCGUAAAACCAAAGAUAAAAGAAAUGUUCUUCGAGGACCCUAUGCUGGCUCUUCGCUGUCUCUUUGGACCAUGUGUGCCUGCACAGUAUCGUCUCCAAGGACCCGGAAAAUGGGACGGCGCGAAAGACGCCAUCGAGAACACAAUGUCAAGGUCAUUGGCACCGAUGAAAACGAGGCUUCUUCCAAAGAAUUUCUACAUUCCAGAAUCUGUGGACAAAUUUGUAAUCUCAGUACCGAAAUAUUUGAAAUCUUACUUCAUCUUUGCUUUUGUGUUUUUCUUGUUUUUCUGUAUGGUGUUAUUGUGAGGACAGGUCGAUGCUUUACAAAUGGAACUAUGGAACCGAUUGGAUUCUCAAUUACAAAAAACAAAAAAGUAGUGCUUGCGGCGUAUGCUUGGCGGUUGAAAGUACUUGCGGAUUAUGUCUGGCUGUAGAAAAUGCUUGCAGCACAUGUUUUACUGUUGAAUUGUCUGACUACUGGACAGGAUGAUGGUAAUUUUACAGUGUAGUCCAUCCUGGGCAUGGUACUGACCUUACUGUCUAUUUAUGUAGAUUGUGUAUAAAUUUUGGGCAGAUGCCCAAUAUCCCUGUGGGCAUAAUUUAGAAUUACUGAGUAUAUAUUUAUUAUGACGUGUGCGCUUAUCAAAUUAAUUACGAGGCUUUUUGGUGCUUUUCUUUUUAAUUUGCAUAAUCUCGGUCACGAUAUAACAUUUCAUUUGUCUCAUUGUUUAUAUUAUGUAUUUAAGGAACACAUAUCUGACAAUUUCAUAAUAUUCCAUUGUUUCAAUUGAAAAUGUAAUCUGUUUUUUUUAAUGUUCCUCUGUGAUACAUGUACGGCUGACGAUGUUGCUGUAGCGAAUUUCAUGUACAUGUUUGUGAAAAAAGCACAAUUGAUAGUUUUUAAAUGGUUUGUGUUAUUAAUACAAAAAACAUGUAUAAUGUUUGUCGUCUCAGCUGAAAAAAGACAUAAGAUGUCUAAUAAAGAUACUGUUGUUAAGUGUCAACUAUGUUGGUAUGUACGCAUCCAUUUAUGUAUAAAUUAGUAUAUAUGUACAAUAUUCAAAAUUUAUAUACUGUACCAUUUGCUAUUAUUUAUCCAGAUAGAAAAUGCAGUUGAAAAAUAUGCAUUUUAACUAUUGCAAAACUAUUUUUGUAUACAUUGUGUAAUGCUUGUCACUUUAUACUUUUUAUAUGUAUUACAUACAUGUAUAUAUAUAAUGCCAUCUGGUCACAUCUUUUUUGAGUACUGUCACGAAAAAACAUACCCUAUGGUAAACUACAUCAUAUCGCCAUAAUGAAUCUGCAUUUAAAUUUCAUAUUUCAUAUGUUCUCAUCUUAUCUUUAACUUUUUACAUGAAAAUAUAAACUCGACUAAUCAAGUAUUUAAAAAUUAUCUGAAAUCUAAAAAAAUUAUCAUCGGUUACGU